AGGAGGCUCAUUUAAGGGAGAGUGAGUUUAAGGUUUCUUUUCUGAACUCCAGACAGCAGUAAAAUGAUAAAAAUUAUCAUCGAAAUUAAAGAUCAGGAUGUCGCCCAGUCUUGUGACAUUGAAUGUAUGCCAGCAUUCCACUUCUACAAGAAGGGGAAGAAGCUGGAUAAACUCUCUGGGUCUGACCAGGAUGAACUGACAAAGAUGCUGGACGAACACAAGACUAAGCCUGAUAUGACCCACUCAUUAAUGUUACCUGUGCAGCCUAAGCUCCAAUUUUACAACCAAUAACUCCCCAUUUGUUUUGUUAUUCAUGAAGAACUUUCAUUUUCUAGUCAUUACACAGCAGUUUUAGCAGGUCCAAAUCUGCCUUACAAAAUCUUUCAUCCAUUUCCAUGAUUACCUCUGUAUGUUUCUGUGUGUUCACUCGUAACUUUGUGUUUUUUUCAAUUACAAUAAACACAAGAAUGGAGCAUGCUGAUUUUGUGCUUUAGAAGACUUCAAGUGCAUAUUAGACAUUAAAUGUCUAUUUCUCCA